AUGGCUUAUUUAACGAAAGCUUCUUGUUUCAAUUUGCUGUUUUUAUUGCUUUUAACUAUUUCAACAACACAAGCUAGGGAGCCAAAAGUAUCAAAAGUUGAAGGGUGGGUUACAAGAAACGGUGCACGUUUUGAGCUUAACGGCUCACCAUUUCUUUUCAACGGCUUCAACUCAUAUUGGCUAAUGGUCGUGGCAAGUGAGUCCAACGAGAGGCACAAAGUCACCGAGGUGCUCAGGGAUGCUUCCGCCGCCGGCCUAUCGGUCUGCCGGACCUUGGCUUUUAGCGAUGGAGAACGCUACAACGGACUGCAAAUAUUCCCUGGCGUCUAUGAUGAACGUGUUUUUAAGGGGCUUGACUUUGUGCUCUCGGAAGCAAGAAAUUAUGGGAUUCGUUUGAUACUGAGCUUAGUGAACAAUUGGGUUGACUUUGGUGGCAAAACACAAUAUGUUGCAUGGGCUAGGAAUGCAGGAGCACCGGUUUACAAUGACGAUGAGUUCUUUAAUAAUCCAGUCCCAAAAAGUUAUUACAAGAAUCACAUCCAGAAAGUUAUAACAAGAAUAAACACAAUUACUGGAAUUGCAUACAAGGAUGAUCCAACCGUGAUGGCAUGGGAACUAAUGAAUGAGCCUCGUUGUCAAGCCAAUUACUCCGGAAAUAUUUUUAAUUCAUGGGUACAAGAAAUGGCAAGCUUUGUGAAGUCAAUAGAUAGCAAACACCUUUUGGAGAUAGGAAUGGAAGGAUUUUAUGGGGAGUCAGUGCCUGACCGGAAGCAAUUUAACCCUGGCAACUACUUACUGGGAACAGAUUUCAUUACCAACCACCUUGUUCAACAAAUUGACUUCGCCACCAUCCAUCUAUACACUACUCGAUGGCUUCCUGGAAAAAGUGAAAAUGAACUGAUGGAAUUUGUAGAGAAGUGGAUAAGAAGCCAUUGGCAAGAUGCAAAGACAAUAUUGAAUAAACCCUUAGUGCUAGCAGAAUUUGGAAAGAACAGCAGGGACGAAGGAUUCAGCGUGGGCGUCCGAGAUUCUUUCAUGAAUAAAGUUUACCGGCAAACUUACGAGCUGGCAAAGGACGGUGGCACAAUGGCGGCUAGCAUGGUGUGGCAGCUGAUGGCACAAGACAUGGGCGGAUGGGACGACGGAUAUUCCAUCGUCCUGCCGGAAAAUCCUUCCACCGCCGCUGUUAUCUCCGCCCAGUCGCAAGCCAUGGCGGAACUAGCCCACAAGCUUUAG